AUGCCAACAAACUUGCGGGAUUCCGGGUGGAUGGUGGAGGAUGACGACGAGCAUAGUGUGUGUUCGUUCAAACCAGGAAUAGAGGAAGCUUCAGCAUUUCCCUCGCUUUCAUUUUCUUCGCUACAAGUUGGGGAAUGCAAAGCCUUAGACGGAGAGGAGGAAAUUGACAAAAUUUCCUUCAAUAGAUGGCGUGAGAUCCGCGAAUCGGGUAUGGCAUUAGCAGGAAUAAAGGAAGAGUCGACGAAGGCAAACAUUUUUAAAAUGAAAGCGGGCUCAAAAUUGCUUGACAUCUUGGACAACACAUCUAAUAAAGGCGGGCCUGAUGCACUUACCCAGCCAUAUUCCAGUGCAAUUUAUCGCCUUGAGGAGUAUUUUGGUUCAAGGGAUUAUUUGCUAUUCCAGCGGCAGAAACUUCGAUCGUUGCCGCAGAAUAAGGACGAAUCUGACCUAAAAUAUGUGCGUCGUGUGUCAACUAUUGCCAAACCUUGCGGUUAUGUUCAUGACCAACUUGUCGAGACUGUAGCAGAUGUUUUACAGAACCAUGCCAGAAACCGUAAAGUCCGCGAAGUAGCCCGAAAAGCUGCCCGUAAAGGGAACUCUUUACAAGAGUUAUUGGACUGUGUGCGUACGGUCGAGAUUGAACAACAAGCAGAGGAAAAUUUUAGCAAGAAGUAUCCUACGGAAGAAGCUUCAAAUGUAUUGGCGGUGUCGUAUGGUGUUCCGGGUUCGAACCGAGGAGAGAUUCGAACAUCAACAUUCGGCUACAGAGGCAGAGGAUAUUUUCCGCGUAGCCGCGGAGGAUAUUCACGCAUGAGUGGACCCGUUUCGUCUUCAUCUAAACCGUGCUGGCGUUGUACGAGCACAGGUCAUCAACCGGAUCACUGUUUUGCCAUUGCGAAGUUUUGCCAUUUGUGCCGAGCUAAAGGGCAUAUUCAAAGAGCAUGUACGUCAUCUCGUGUUAAACGUGAAACCGGUAGAGAUCGAGAUGGUUCGCCCGCUUCUAAAAUUAGGAAAAUCGCAGCAGUUGCGUCCAACGACCAAGAAGAGGAAGCUACAACUCUUCAACUAAUUCCAGCAGUUUAUAAUAUCAACAUGCGUACGAGCAAUUAUUCAAUACCAACUAGCUCAAGUAAGCUAUCGGAACCAAAUAUUUUCGUCAGCCCAACAAAGGUAUCAAUGUGCGGGUUGGAUUCGUACGUGAUGUGUUCCUUGGAUUUCAAGGGAAUAGAAAGCGCAGGAUCAAUUACAUGUACAGUAGCGGGUGUUGAGGUUAAGUUUUUGAUAGAUUCUGGGGCCGAAGUGAAUACUGUCGGUGAUAAUAUUUUUGAUCAAAUAAUGAGAGAUACCAUUUCUCAUCCAAUUUAUGAAUUGAAAAACGGUACGGAUAAACCGUUGAGGGCAUAUGCUACAAGUAAACCUAUUUCAGUUAUCGCUACAUUCCUCGCUGAACUGUUUAUUUCCCCUGAUCGGCCUUCCGCAAUCGAAAAAAUUUUAUGUGAUACCAGGAGCAAAACCACUUUUAGGGCGUUCGACUGCGACAAGAUAUAGUGUGUUACAGCUUGGCUUAAGCGUUCCCAUUGUAGGCUCUCAUAGGACAGGACACAAAAUAGAGUCGGGAGAUGUAAAUGCUGUAGGUGUGUUGAAACAUUUUUCAAAAUUCAAUGUACCUCCAGUUAUGCUUUUUUAUGAUAAAAGCUUGCCACCAUCUAGAAAGGUAUAUACAAAUAUUCCCCCGCAUUCAAAACCGAAGUUGAAAAUCGACUUGAAAACCUUCUAUCAUCUAAUAUAAUUGAAAAGGUGACUAGCGGCAUGGAUAAAACUUUUUGCUCAUCGCUGUUAGUUGUUCCGAAAGGUAAACAAGACAUUCGUUUGGUAGUCGAUUUACGGGGCCCGAACAAAUGUAUUAUGAGGACCCCAUUUAGAAUGCCUACGUUGGAAGAAAUUCUAUCAAAACUUAAUGGAGCUAGUUGGUUCUCUACUAUAGAUCUGACUAAUGCAUUCUACCAUAUUGUGCUAGAUGAAUCAUGCAGACAUUUAACCAAUUUUUUCUCAGGUAACAAUACUUACCGCUUCAUUCGAUUACCCUUUGGAUUAUGCAAUGCUCCUGAUAUCUUUCAAGAAAUACUUCAGACAGUUGUACUUGCAGAUUGCCCCGGAACGGUAAACUAUCUUGAUGAUAUCCUUGUAUUCGGCAAUACGAAGGAAGAACACGACGAUAAUCUUCGCUAUACACUUUCACGUCUACAGAAACACAAUGUGUUAUUAAACUCCAGUAAAUGCGUUUUCGGUAAACAAACGGUUAAAUUCUUAGGUUUCUUACUUUCUCACGAUGGGUGGCGAGUCGACGAAGACAAGAGAAAAGCCAUUGAUGGGUUUCGACGGCCAGAAACAUUAUCAAAAGUAAAGAGCUUCUUAGGCCUCAUUAAUUUCCUCAAAAGAUUCACUCUUCAUAGAGCAGAGAGAACUAAACAUUUAAGAGCUCUUGCAAAUUCAUCAUCAUUUUAUUGGACUGAAUUAGAAGAAUUUGAGUUCAUUGAUAUAAAGAACGCAGCUAUAAAUUCAAUCGACAAAUUGGGUUAUUUUGAUCACAAGGACAGAACAGAAUUAUUCGUGGAUGUGUCACCAUUCGGUCUCGGAGCAGUUCUUGCCCAAUUCAAUUCUGCAGGUGUACCUCGUGUAAUAGCAUGUAUUUCCAAAUCAUUGACGGUAACAGAAAAACGAUACCCUCAUACCCAAAAAGAGGCGUUAGCCAUAGUAUGGUCAGUUGAACGUUUCAAAUACUACUUAACGAGCAUUAACUUUACCGUUUGGACCGACUCGGUUGCGAAUAUGUUUAUCUUCGGCGGACAAUAUCGAUCCGGAAAAAGAUCUAUUACUCGUGCCGAGUCGUGGGCUCUGCGGUUACAACCAUUUAACUUUGAAACCCGAUGUGUUCCUGGUGAUCAGAAUAUUGCAGACAUUGUUUCACGAUUGAUUAGCAAUUGUCAAGCAGAUGAACCCUUCGAUGAAAACGAUGAUAAGCACAUAUUAUACACGGUUGAUGCAUUUAACAUGAGUAUGACAUGGUCAGAAAUCCAACUGGCUUCAGAAGAAGACAAGGAGUUAGCUGAAGUGCGUUUGGCAAUUCAAACAGGUCAUUGGCCUCGUCAUCUAAGAAGGUACGAAUGUCUUGAAAAAACAAUUGAGAAGUCUUGAUGCUUUAGUUUUCAAAAACAACUUGAUUGUAUUACCUAAAUAUCUCCGGAAAAGGGCAAUCGAAACAUCUCACGAAGGACAUGUUGGAUGUGGAGCUACUAAAAGAAUUUUACGCGAAAAUUUCUGGUGGCCCAAUAUGUCUAAAGAGGCCCAAGAAUUCGUCAGUAAUUGUGCUACUUGUCUAGCAAUUUCCAGAAGAAAUCCUCCUGUUCCUUUAUCCAGUCGAGAGCUUCCAGAAGGGCCAUGGGAGAAAUUACAAAUCGAUUUUUUAUCUUUACAAGGAUGUGGUUCGGAACAUUUCUUGGUCUGUGUAGAUACCUACUCUAGAUUCUUACAUGUCGUACAUUUGAAAUCCACUGAUGCCAAGUCAACUAAUAAAGCGCUUUGUAAUAUAUUUAAGCAAUGGGGAUUACCUAGUGUGAUUCAAAGCGAUAAUAGGCCACCAUUCAAAAGCAAAGAAUUCAUAGAGUUUUGGGAACAAAAAGGAGUUAAAAUACAUAAGUCGAUUCCGUUAAGUGCACAAUCUAACGGGGCCGUCGAACGUCAGAACCAGGGAAUAAUAAAGGCAGUUUCAGCGGCGAAAGUAGAAAAAAAGAAUUGGAAUGAAGCGCUUCAGGAAUACGUACAGAUACAUAA